AUGUCGACUACUAAAAAGCGUCAAGCGGAGGAUACCCCUGCUCAGCCAAAGCCAAAGAAAAGCAAAAAGAGAAAGGCGAAUGCACCAGAUGAUGAACUUCUCGAUACUGAGCUUGGCCUCAACACGCUCUUCACCAAGAUGGACAACCAGCUCUUGGCCGAUCAUCUCGCCCAGAAAUUGGGACGCUUCGGCACUGACUUGAGCGCUGUUGAAAUUUCUGAUAUGACUGUAUCAGCCAACGCGAUCCAAGAUACCACCUCAUGGCAAGAGUCAAGAACAUUGGAUAAGUUUCCCGACUUCCUGGAGAAGGUAGCAGAGGACCCCGAGGGCUUGAAGAAGGCGCCUAAGAAGAAGGGAUCGCCGCAUACCCUCAUUGUUGCAGGAGCAGGUUUGAGAGCUGCAGACAUUGUCAGGUCGGUGCGCAGCAAGUUUCAAAGUAAAGAGAAUUCAGUCGCGAAAUUGUUCGCCAAGCACAUGAAAAUCGAGGAGCAGGUCAAGUUCCUCCAGAACCACAGAACUGGCAUCUGUGUCGGCACACCUGCCCGACUUAUGGAUCUCAUCGACAACGGCGCACUCUCCUUGGAUAACCUGAAGCGGCUAGUCGUUGAUGCUUCACAUAUCGACCAGAAGAAGCGAGGUGUGAUGGACAUGAAGGAUACGAUGAUGCCCCUAGCUCGCUUCUUGUCAAGAAAAGAGUUCAAAGAUCGAUACGGUGACGAGAAGAAGCCCCUCGAUACAUCCACACCAGAAUGUGCUACCAUUUGCUCUCGCGAACUUAUGCACUACCAUGGUAUUCCUACUGUUGAGGGUGUCUGUCAUGACAUGGCCGUUCAACGAGAACUAUUCUCAUGCCUGGCCAGUUCUUGCACUGAUCAGUAUGGUCAAGCUUUGACAUAUACUGUAUCCACUUGCUCUCUUCAUGGUGCUCCCAUCAGUGAUCUCCUUCCCGUGGAAAUACAGCAUACGAGCCUUACAACGAGGCACUUCAUGCCUCUCGUUUCACGCUCUGAUUCGGCCAGCUUUGGGUUCGAAACCCGUUUUAGCCUCUCUGUGGACUGUAAAGCCGGAUCUGAUGGUGUUCUUACAUUGUCUCUCCCCGAAUCCACCGCUUCAGCUCAUCAAUCUAUUCCUGGCGGUGGUUUCCCUAUCUCAACAGGAGCUGGGAAUGGCAACUCCAAUGCCGGAGCAGGUCCACCAGAUGGUGCCCCAGGCCCGAGCAAUGGUCCCUUACCGGGAAACACCGCAGGCUCAGGGAACAGUCAAGGCAGUCCUUCAGGAGGUACAGGUCCCGGGGGAGGUGGUGGCAAUGGCGGAACUGAACCGUCAGACCCCAACGCGGAUUGUGAAGAAAACAAUUCCAACAAUGGGCCUUCACAAUCUGGCAACAAUGAUGGCCAAUACCCGCCUGCCCCGGCUCCGGUUCCCGCCAACCCUCCUGCCAACAGUGAUCCCCAGACAGAUGGCCAGUUCAACGGCCCUCCUGCGCCAGGACCAGAUGGUGCUGUUGGUAACAGUUCGCCUGACGAUCCCAAUCAAGGCAAUACAGGACAACCACAGCCACAACCCGCUCCUGCUCCCGCACCCGCAACUGCUCCUUCAAACCCGGAUGGAGGUGACGGGGCGCCAAAUAAAGAUGGAACUGGCGGACCGGGAGAGGAUUGCGAUGAGAACGCUCCUGGAAACAAUGCUGCUCCAGCCCCUCCAAAUACUGGCGGCUCAGUUGACUGCUCUAUCGAUAUUAACAAUCCAGCAUGCGCCAACCAGAAUCAACUUCCUCCUGGGCCUCCGGCACCUCAGCCUCCAGCACCUCAGCCUCCGGCACCUCAAAUACCAGCGCCAGCGCCGGAUUCUCCCGCUCCUCAAGGACCCCCUACCGGCCCUGCUCCCGCUCCUGCUCCUGCUCCUGCUGGAGAUAAACCUCCUUGUGGUGCUGAAAACGGCAUACCAGACUGCCCUGCCUCUCAUCAGCCUCCAAAUGGCGAUGGUAGUGGCGGAAAUGCGUGCUCGGACCCCAACUCCGGCUGUGACUCUUCUGAGCCUUCCUCACCUCAGCCGCCCCCUCAGACAACACCCCCUGCUGUUCCAAAUAGCUGUACUGGGGAUGAGAACUCACCUUGUCACGAUGGAGGUGACAGCGGAUCUGAUCCAGGAUCUAGAAGUAUACCUGCGAACCGUCCGUCGCCCAAUAGCCCUGGUGCGCCUCCUCCCGAUGUAGGGCCUGCACCUGCUGCCCCCCCUUUUCAACCAAACACAAAUGGUAAUCCUGACGACGAGGCCUCUUCCGCAAACGGUGGCCCAGGAAUCCCAGCGCCAGCCAAUCCUCCUUCUCCUGCAUCUCCGCCUUCGACUCCCCCGGAAGGUCAGGUCCCUAACGGUUCCCAAGAGAAUGAUGGUACUGGAAAGGAGAGCCCCGUCAAAGGAAGUGGUAAUGGUGAUGGCGGAAAAGGGAGCAGUGAUCUCGGACCCCAAGCACCAGAAAUCACAGCACCACCUGCACAACCCGCUCUGCCUACACCAGCAGUUCCAGCCCAGCUUCCUGGACCUCCUGCCCAACCAGGCCCUCCUCAACCUACUGGUCUCAACGCUGUUGGCGGCGCUCAUGAGGGACCUCAAGUCAUCACACCGACAAAUGGUCCUUCAAUGUACUCAUCACCAUCUCAAUUGAAGGAACGUGCCAUGGCUGACAUAGAGCGAAGGCAAGAGAAUGGUCAAGAACUUGGCGCUCCUGGUAACGAUAUCCCUGCCCAACCUGCCCCUGCUUCAGCGGCAUCAGCGGUCCAAGCAGAUCUUCCGACGGAGUCAGGCAUGCCCGAACCUUCGUUCGUUGUUUCAAACGACUCGACAAGAGCCCAUGGCUACUCACAGACCUCACUGACUGUUGCUGUCCUGUUUGUGGCAAUGUUUUCAUGGCUACUGAUAUGA